AUGUCAGAUACUUCAAGAAAGAAACCAAUCAAACUACCGUCAUUCAAUGAGUUGGAGAGCUCUGCACUUUUAUCUAAAGGUGGUGAUCCAAAGUCAAGUAGAAAUAGAAACUUGUCGACAAUAGCAACAGGAUUUGGAGAUUAUAGAUUCUCCACCGCCCGUCAACCGCAUCAAUCUAAUGACAAAGACCCGGAAGUUAUGAUUUCAUACACAUUCGAUCCACAAGUACCCGUGAAGACAGCUGCAUCAUCUCAAUUAGAAUAUCCUCUGCUUCCUAGCAGCAAUCCAAGCAAUGAUGGCACUUUGAGAAUCGGUCCUUAUCAUAGCAAAGCUGUGAGCAUUGGCGGGAAUGUGACGGCAACAAAGCCAGGAUUCUUAGGACCUGAAUACCAACCUCAACCUCCACCGAUAAAUAGACAGGCCCCUGAGUUUAUCCCCAGCUUGGCCCAAUCAACAGAACAUUCAUCAAUCCCGUUGCCUUCACGGUGCUAUCAGCAACAAUUCACCAAUAAACGUCAAAAGUCGAUACAGCUCCCAGCUGGUAAUUGCACCCUUGCUGACCCCAACGAAGAGAAGGUCAAAGUUUUCAGGCUGAUUGAGGCAUCAAUCUCGUCAUUCCAAUUGCUUUCUGGUAUGAUGAACGAUAUUAAUAAAGAUUUCUUAAAUAUAGUCAAUGACAGGAACUUUGAACCAACUACUUAUCAUGAUAAUCUUCUAACAACAGGAGGAAGAUUGGGAAAGCAGCCUUUAAUUGCCGAUUCGAAAAUCCAAGAGUUUUUGUCGAAAAUCCCGGUGGAGGUGCUUGAACUGCUCAUUGAUUCAGCUGAUAGAUUCACUAGAGGCUUAACGACGUGGAAAAGUUAUCAAGAAAAUCAAUCCCCUCACCCCCAGUAUCGAAAUACACAACUCAAGCGGGAACAAAAAUAUAAACAAGAAGCUUUGCUUCACGCUAAACAGCAAUACCUCCCGCAACCAACCGUCAUUUCAAGCUCGGUGCGAAAAUCACAACCAUCUCUGGGGUUUUCCGCAAAUGCACCACCACCACCACCACCAUCAGUGCUGGUAUCUCAACAACAUGUAGACACCCCAAAUUACUCGUAUCAUCAUCAAAAUCCCCACCAAAACCCCAUGUUUACCGUUGAACGACAAGCUCCGGUGACUAUGAACUUAUCGCUGAUGGAAUUUGCUCCAGAACCAACCAGUAGUAGGCCACCCUUUCUAGCCAAAAAAAAAUUGGAUUCGUCAAAGAAACAGGAAAGUAAUGCGAAUAAGAGAAAUCCCAAACGAAGCAAUAGCAGCGGCAACAUUGGCGUCUCCGGUGGUGGUGGUUCAACCAAGAAACAUUCAAUUGUUAACAAUAAAAGAAAACAUUCUUCCGAUUCGCACACUACUGUAUCUAAUUCGGAUACCCGAAGAGCCAGCGGAGGAACCAGCGAAAUGAUUACACUUCGGGUGAAACCUUCGAAACUAAUGAACCCUGAGAAGGCGACGAUGCUGAUCCAACCGCCAUCGAAACGGGCCCAGGGGCAAUUACACCCGGAACUCAGUGUGAAACACGAGUUGGUGUGCAUGCAAUGUGGACGUAAAGACACCCCCGAGUGGCGAAGAGGACCUGAUGGGGCCAGGACGUUGUGUAAUGCUUGUGGGUUAUUCCAUUCGAAAUUGCACAAGAAGAUGGGGCCUGAAAAGGCCGAUGAUUACUUGAGGGGGUUGCGGGAGAAUGGCAACAAUGGUUUCCGGAGAUUGCCAAAGUGA